AUGAUGCCAUCAUGUAUAGUAGGGUCAACAUCACUGUUGAAGGUGGCUGGCUUGGUUAACCUUGAAGGGAUAGUUCAUUGUUUUAUUAUAAACGUCAAACGUACACCGCCCAUUUGUACAAUGGAUGGCCAGAUCAACGAAGCAGGCAUAUUGGCCGGAAUAGGUGGUGUUGAGCGUGAAGGUGGUCCCGUAAAUGUCUCUGGCGAGGUCGCUGAACUGGGGACAGUCGAUUGCUAG